AUCUUGUAUUACACGGCAAAGGGGAUAAGACGGAUAACCGUAUGAAAACUGGCACUACUGGUCUUAGACAGAGGACGUGGGAUGCAACUAACUCACUCUCGUCACAAGGCCUCAUGGUGAAGCAUGAAGAAAAGCCGCUUAACCAAGUAGAUAUUCAAGAAGAACUCAAGAGACUAUAUACGCAGCUGGAACUCCUGAAAACGAGGAACAUGGUAGUUGGCAACCCUCACCUGACCCGCAAGCUCACCGCUAUGGCCGAAGCGGCCCGAGCCACAGAACAAAUGCUGAUAGACUCGAACGAGCACGAGCUCAGUUGUGCUUCCAACGGAGUUGCCGAGGUGACUUAUACAGUCAACAACGGCAGGACUAAUAGCGCUUCGACCAAAGGAGAUUGGAUUUGAAGACAAUUUGGUGAAAGAGAAAUGACUUUUACCUUCUCCUUUGUGGAAAAAAUACAAAACUCCUUAUUCCGUGUGUUUGUGACUGCGGAUGUGGACUAUGUACACUACAAAUAUGUGUUCCUAGAGGAAAUAUCGAGACAUUUUGAAAAUGAAUGAAAAACAGAGUUUGGGGCAUCUUAAUUUGUAAGUAAAGAAAGAGUUAUUUCAUCAUUGAGAAAUCACCAAGAGUCAACCGUUAAAUAGGUCUCAGAAGCACUUGUCCAGACGUUAUGUUAGUUAAAAACAACAUCGGGAUGUAAUGCGACAAGCGACAAGGAGAUAAGUACGUCUGCUAGAGCAAUCUCGCGGAACAUUGUAUCGCUGCGAUUGCAAUAUACUUCACAGUUCCAUUGUUGCAGCUUUCCAAGACGGAUAAAACACAACGGACCGAGGGUCGGUGUUUGAUGUCACAACUACACACAUUUUUGUUAUGUUAGUUAAAAACAACAUCGGGAUGUAAUGCGACAAGCGACAAGGAGAUAAGUACGUCUGCUAGAGCAAUCUCGCGGAACAUUGUAUCGCUGCGAUUGCAAUAUACUUCACAGUUCCAUUGUUGCAGCUUUCCAAGACGGAUAAAACACAACGGACCGAGGGUCGGUGUUUGAUGUCACAACUACACACAUUUUUAUCAUUGUCUGUGCUCCGAAUGUUGGUGGAGAUGGUCAUGGCAUUUGGAGCAGAAUUUGUGAUUGGCAGAGAAGAAUCAGAUCUCUAACUAGAAGUCUUAAAAACGAGUUACAUGGUAAAGAUCAUUCUGACACGCGAGAUUACUUCUGUUGAUAAAACAGUCUCCGAUGCGGUGUGUGUUCGUAAUGUAAUAUAUGACAUUACUCGAGUUUACAAGCGAACUCGCUCUAUCGUGUCAGAAUGAAUUUCAUUAUUCAUCAUGAGCGAAAAGGAGACAAUGUUUUAUACUAACAUUUUAAAUUUUCAUAAAGAACAUUUAACAUUAUAUACUGUUCACCUCACAAAUAUAAGGGACCUGAAAUAGUGGGGGUUGGCCUGAAGUUACAAGUUUCAAAAUCAAGGCGUGGUAGACCUUAAUAGUCAGCCACCCAAUAACAUCAAUAAUAUCCUGUGUCACCGCUAUGAAUCUUGUACUCGCACAGAUUUAAAAACAUUCUCAUCACAUGACUGACUCAUAAAAAAAUUGAUUGCCCUCUUAAGAAAUGAUAUAAUUGAUAUAGGAAUGGAAGAUUUCUAGUAAUGAAAUAUUGUAUGCAGCUGUUGUUAAGGUAGAAUGUGCAUUCAUUGUGUUGCGAGUCCCGUCCAGUGAAACGCAAAGCAGCUACAGUGCUUGAUUCAUUGUUUUUAUAGUUUCAUGCUUUAAUGAUUAUUAGAUUAUUGCUACGUCUCAUAGUUUGGAUGUGUGCUGUUUAACUGGAUAAGCAACCGAACAACAGCAGAAAUAUAGUGGAGGAAAGCUCGUCUGAAAGAUUUGAAAGGGAGUGGUGAAUGGUGAUUAUAGUGAGUCUUGUGCCAGAAAGAAUGAGGAGGUAAUGCAGGGGUGCGCGUGUGUGUGUUAGUGCGAAAGAGAGGGUGAAGGGUGAAGCUAUGAAUGUGCACGGGUUCGGGUCUUGAUUUGAUAACGGUAUGUGUUAGUAUGGGUGUGCGUACUGCCUUGUGAGUGAGGGUGUGGGUGUGUAACAGAGGGUGUGAAGCUGUGAAUGUGCGUACAUGGGAUGUACGUUUCAGUACGAGAGAGAAAGAGAAUGAGAGAGGGCAUGACUGUAUCCGGUAUGUAUAUAGAGCUGUGUGUUGUUUUAGGGUGUGUGUUGUGGGUGUGAUGGUGUGUGUGUAUGCUGGUGUGUGUGCGUGCCUUUAUUUGUAAAAGUAUGAGCGUGAGUACUAAUGUGACGGGUAGUCUUUAAAGAAGUCACAGAGAGAGGGGUGGAGAGGGACACCAGAAAUGAUGUGUGAAGCUAUGUGGAUGUAUAUGGGAGCGAAAAAGGAAAACUUGAAGGACAAGUCCAACCCAACAAACAGUUGAUUUGAAUAAGAAGAGAAAAAUCCAACGAGCAUAACAUUGAAAAUUUCAUCAAAAUCGGAUGUAAAAUAAGAAAGUUAUGACAUUUUAAAAUUUCACAUAAAAGUUAUAUGCACAUCCCGGUCGGUAUGCAAAUGAAGAGACUGAUGACGAACACGUGGAAUUGUCAUUAUUUCAAUACUAUGUGGUUCAGUCAAGUUGGCCCUUACUGUCAAAUCUGUACAAAAAUAAAUAUUUUAAGUC